AUAUUAUAAGUAGCUACUAUUUUUAUUGGCACCUUUAAUUCUUUUUCUGUUAGGCGGUUGAUGGGGGACAAUCCAUUGCGCCCACUGUCUGGUGUUGCAUAUUGUUUGUAGAAGUGGACUGCAUUGAACGGUGCAGAGGUGACGGACUAUUUUUUAGUACAUUGGCAAUUAUAUUUUGAAAAUUCUUCACAAAUACGAAAAGUGCUAGAACUCAGAACGUUUAAAAAUGCAUAUAAAACAUUUUACAUCACAACUGCUGGAAAAGUAAAAAUAAAUAAAUGCAAUUAUGCCUUUGGAUGUGGAACAGGAGAAGGCUAAGCAGCCGCUUGACGAAGUCGAUUUCAGCAGCGGGUUCGAGACGCAAUACCUGCAGGAAUAUCGGCCUUCGAAGAUUGUGCGACCGGCACCGCCUGACCCGAGCCUUGCUUGGUAUCAUGAUUUUAAAUCGGUGGUGAUGGUUUGCUUUCUUUUCACGGUGUUGGUGACUGGCUCAGUUCUGCUGAUCGGCUCAAUUUUCUCGGCCGAUCCCACAACCGUGGUGGUACUCUUGGUGGCCUAUUUUGCUGUGGCACUUUUAUUUAUUUGGCUGGAAGUAUUCAGUAAACAUGUGCGUUGAAAAAUAUAACUACGGCAGUUGAGAGUUUGAACAAAAUAUUAUAAUAUGAUUAAAAAAUUCAACAAGAAGUGCAACAAGUGUACUGCAAUGUAAAUACACUAUCUUUUUAAUUCUUUCAAAUGAUAUUUAAUACAAAAUGAAUUUUACUGUAAAUUAAGUUUUUUUUUCUUAGAACUAAAGUGACUUGCUGGCUCAAGUACAUACGUAUGUGCAUGCCUAAAUUUUUAUUUUAUUUUCGAAAAUGCGUAGCACCGCCAACAAAAAGAGUUAUCACAAAUCACUGGGAUUUUUUAUCAACUUCAAGCUUGCAAUUUAUUGUAUUCAAAUCGAAUGUGCUAUAAAACUGCGUACCCAUUAUUGAUGUGUAAACAAUUUAGCUCUCGGUAUGGGUAAAAAUUUCGUUAACCAAGCAGAAGAUUUGUAAAGCUUCUUGUAUGUACAAAUAAACAUUUCUGGACUAGUUCAUGGCUAUCUCAGGACCAUUUCAGAUCCUGUUCGGGAACAUUGCGGGAUUUCGCGGACUUCUUCUUUUUUAUUGGCCCGCCAGUCGUUUCUCUACUGUGCUAACUGACGUCAAUUGGCAAUGGCAAGUGAAGCCAA